CUCUAUAUAGAUAAUACAUAAAGCUCGCAGAUUUGAUGUUCUAUUCAUCUUUAAGCUUUUGAAGUGUUAGUUUGCUCUUUAGUCUCAUCUUCUGAUCACCUGAAAUAUCAUCGCGCGUACUAUUGCCUAAAGCAUUAAAACUCGUAAAGGUUUAAAUGAAAAUUAAUUCAAUUUCUUGAUAGUGUCCAUUUUAAGGAUCUUCAUAGUUUUGUGUUUUUGGUCUUAAUAACCUGGUUAUUAAGGCCGUCUGUGGGAUCAUUUUUCGCGUUUUGCAAUAAAAUUUAAGAGCAGAACUGAAAAAAGGCGGUGAAAUAUCUAUCAUGAGCUGUGUGUACGGACAACAAAACAAGAAUUAUAUCAUUAUUAAUCAUCACGAGACUAAUUACAAAAUUAAUAAGCAUCCGACAAAUAAGCAAACCUUGCGAGGCAUUAAUAUUUGUACUUCGCAGAGAAAAGAUAAAAUUAGAAAGUUUAUGAGAGGUACUUCUACAACACACGUCAAAAUGCCUACUGUCGCGACAAUUACUUGGCUGGGUGCCUAAAGAGUUAAGAUUUCAUUAGGAGCUCAAGAAGAGUUCAAAUUCUAUUCAAAAUGGUUGCUCAAAAGAUCACCUGUCCGAGUCGGAGCGACGAUAUCGGAAAUCAGUACACCAAUUCAAACACCAAAAGAUAUGGUUUUUUCGCAAACGAGUCACAAGACUCAAAGUCUUUUGAAAGUGGUAGAACUAGAUCGUUUAAAGCCCGAAAAGAGUCUUCAGGCGAACGGGUUAACCGGAGUGGUUACCGACGGAAACACAGGAGCGAUGCCGACUUCACCGGUGCCCACCACCAGUUAUUCAGAGGAAUAUUUGAAACCGGAGCCGCUGUUCGACGACACAAUGUUUCAGAACGAACCGGACUGCGAGUUCUUCCAAGAUCUGGUUCAGUGGUGCUCCGCUCCCGCCAAGGAAGAACAAGUACAGACCAUUGAUCCCCCCAAAAACACUGAAGAAAGGGCAUAUAACAUCGACACACCACAAACACCAUUCUCCCCGCAUGGGUGGGAUGCAUUCGACGUUAACUCUCCAUAUUAUCAGGCAGGCUUUUACAACACAACACCUGUUGAACAGUUCUCCUCGAAUAUCGAAGCGUUUGGCCAAUACACCAAACCUUUACCAUUCCCAGAAGAACAAGCCAAAGUACCAAUGCAGGAACAAUUUCUAGACAUCGUCAACCUGCCGGUUGUUAUUGGAGACUUGACGUCCAGUACUGUUCCCGACAGGAAUACCUGGCAAGCGCCGGAUCCCGUCGAGUGGACACACACACACGACACUCAUUAUACAAAAGUAUAUAACACAAACACACACAACACGAUGCCCUUAAUCGAUCAAGAAGACUCCCUCGACUCAAAAUUUGUUUCUGUCAUUCCGCGGGAGGUGGAGAGUAACAACGUAUUUAUUUCUGAGUUUAUUAUCAACGAUGACCGGGGUAAAGGAGGGCUGUUGCAAGAACCAGGGGUUCCGAAGCGCAGUGACGGGCUCACAGUGGACGUCCGGACGCAUGCGCCCAACUGGCCCGCCGACAUCAUCAGCACGCCAGAGGUCCUCAGCUAUGUCGAGCAGAUGGAGAAAGAAAAAUACCCUCACCCAUCCCUCAUGAAGUUGGCGAAAUCACGGCCAGUUCAAGAACCAGCGCCGAACAUCGAAACUUCGUGCACGCAAUUGGACACUCCACCGCGGGUCGACUACGAUCCUAUCACCCCUAAAAGCGAAUCUCACGUCGAGUCGGACAAUGACGACAGCAAGUCACAUUCAAGCCGAAAACGACAUCACGACAGUGAAGAUUCGGAUGAGACAUAUACACCUUACAUAGAACAGCCCUCCAGAAAAUACAAAAGAAGAAAACCUAGUGUACCUAUCAAAGACAUGAUCAUCGCGCUUGAAGGGUCACAGCAGCUGACGAGAGCGCGACGAGGCCGUCCUCCCAAGAGACGGGAGAGCACGGUGUCAUCCGUGUGCAGUGUCGACGAGAACUCGUCGUCCAUCUCCACACAGGAAACUAAAUAUAGAGAGUUAAGAGAUAAGAAUAAUGAAGCGUCCAAAAGAUCUAGGAUGAACAGGAAACUCAAGGAACUACAGAUGGAACAAUUAGUUAUUGAAUUAGAAGAAAGAAAUAAAAAAUUAAAAGUCAAAGCUGAUAUUUUAGAAGAAAUGACGAAAAAAUUGAAAGACGCGUUAAUGACAGCAAUCUUGCAAAAAUGAAGAUGGCAACCAGUUGAAUCUGCUUGUGUCCCACUGUAGAGCGCCUUGCGUUUCUUGUGUUAAUAAUUCGUGGGUAUAGCCGAAGCGUGGCAAACACACUUGCCUCUCAGCUAAUAGAACGGAUCAGUAAUUAAUGAUGGUAGAUUAGGCAUUUAGAUUUAUUUGUUGCUAACAUAUUGAAUUUACAUUUACUUACACGUUUGGGGAAAUAUGUUAGUAGAUUAGGUUUAGAGUGACCGGAUUUAGUGGAGAAUGAGCGCUGGCUAUGCCCACAAGGUUAAACGUAAAACUACAAAGGUUUUGUAGAUGUCGUGAGUGUUACGAUUAAUAAAUACGUUGAUAAUGUAGGUUUCUUGAUUGUUCUUGAAGCCUCCUAGUGUCGAAAGGGAGGUUAUAGUAAUAGGGUAAUUGGUGAAGAAUAGGAAUGUAUCCCAUAGCACGAUUCGGGUGUAAUUGGGAUGCAUACUAUCAGCAUAUAUUUUUAAUUUGAUCAAUUUUGAAUUGAAUCAAGAAUUUUAUAUUAAUUGUUUUAGAGAUAACAUGACUUAAAAAUAAGCCAUAAUAAUGUUAUUUGUACCCACUGUUGUGUGCCUAGUAUUUUGCGUACUCAAACGAGGGCAAAUAUGCACCAGCUUGCUUGUGUGGUUAUUUGUAUGAGAAAUUAUUUCUUUUUAACAUUUGUAUCCGCUUAUCGAGUAUAUUUUAUUUUCUAUCGUUUAAGCGGAUGUAUUUUAUAACAAUAUAAAUGUAGUACAAUUGGUUUAAUUAUUGCAUGGUAUGGAUUAAAUAUUUUCUCUAAAUGUAAUUGAAAUAAAGAAUCUAAAUGUUUGUUGCA